AUGCCUCUCGGAACAUUUGGGAGGAUCGCGGUCGCGAAGCACAUUCACGACAAGAGGAAGGACGACGACUCUUCCUCCUCGGACGAUGAGAAGCGUGGGCUUGGCCCGGUGGGGAAGGUCGCGGCGGUGGGGGCUAUUCACCAUCGCCGCGAGGAACAUGAUCGGGAACUAGGCCCGGUUGGAAAGGUGGCAGCGGCUGGGGCGAUGCAUCACCACCGGGAGGAGGAGAAAGAAGAGGAACAGAUGAAGCGGCAGCAGCAGCAGCAGCAGGCGGCUUACGCGGCGGGACAACAGGCGGCCUACUAUCCGCAGCAGCCCGGCUAUCCGGCCCAGUACCCUGCCGGGGUCGCCCCCAGCCCAGCUUACCCGGCUGGGUAUCCCGCUCAGAGCGUUCCUGGACCGUACCCAUACUCGACACCAUACCCACCCCCUAAAUAG